AUGAAUUUAAUGCCAGUCGGAUUAAUGUUCGAUGUGAAUAUCACAGGAGGUGAAGAAUGGUUGAAUAGUUUAAAUCUGACCAAUUUAUGUCGUUUCUAUGAUGUCAGUUUAACUACUCGUCCUACUAAAUCAAGAGAAUUUUGGAAGACUGUUGCACUAAGAACAACAGAGAGAAAUAUUAGUUCAAUGUAUAUUGUGUGUCGAAGAAUACGAGAUUUAUUAUUAGACAAUGCAAUCGACAAUAGUAUUUAUGCUUCGAAAUCUUUAAAUUCAAUGAGCUAUCAACUACAUUCAGAUAAAUUAUGGCUGAAUGAUAUUUUCAAGUCGAACAAUCAAUACAAAGAGGUAGAAAGAUUUUCAAAUAGAGGGAGAAUGACUUUCGAUGAUACAGAGGGUUGUACAACAAUCAAUCAAGAAGAGGGGAAUAAAGAGAACAUGACGUUGAUUGCUCCACCGUUAUCAUCAUAUUCAACACCAGCAACAACAUCGAUGAAGCCAAUUGUUAAUACUAUUACAAUAAUCCAUUCGGUGGAGGAAUGA